GGAGCUGGAAUCAGCGAGGAGCGAAAAUGUGAAGGUGGACUCUGUCAGAGCAGCGUUGUGUUGAGACUGACGACCGAUAAAUACAGCGGAAAUUCCUGCACGGCAACAACGGGAGCUUUAAUUAGGAAUUUAAAGAAAAAAAACACUGGAAAUAUCCUCGCUUUUUUCUUUUAUUUCUUCAUUUUUGUGUCUCUAUUCCUGCCUCUAUCCACCUUGUCAGACUGGGAGCAGUGUUGCGGAGAGUGAGGAGCAUCUUUUUUUUAUUUCAUCUGGAUAUUCAUUUUUAAUGACACCGUUUGGAUGGAGUAAAGUGUUCCGUGUGAAGAUUCCCUCCUCCUUUAUGGGAUUAUUGUCGACGGGGGCGCUUUGUUUCAGAUAAGAGCUCAUUGGGCAUCAUGAGUUCCAGUGCUUCUCACCAAGGCUCUCUUGGUGGUGAACGAAGCUCUGGAUCAAUCCGGUGCCAGCGAUGUCGAGAGGUGUGCAAAGGAGAGGUGGUUCGAGUGCAAGAAACCCACUUCCACGUCAAGUGUUUUACAUGUGCCGUGUGUAACUGUGAUCUGGCUCGUUCCGGCUUCUUCCAGAAGAAGGGCGAAUACAUCUGCACGGCCGACUACCAGCGUCUGUACGGGACACGCUGCGACCGCUGUGACAUCUUCAUCACAGGAGAGGUGGUUUCUGCACUGGGACGGACGUACCACCCCAAGUGCUUUGUCUGCAGUAUCUGCUGUAAACCCUUCCCCAUUGGAGACAGAGUGACGUUCAGUGGAAAGGACUGCGUGUGCCAGCACUGCUCUCACACACUCGUCAAGCCAAAUGAACCAAUCAAGAUCCACGGGCCCAGCCAUUGUGCCGGUUGUGGAGCUGAGAUUAAGCAGGGCCAGUCCCUGCUGGCGUUGGAGAAGCAGUGGCACGUCAGCUGCUUCAGAUGUCGGACCUGCAACAUGGUCCUCACAGGGGAGUACAUCAGCAAGGAUGGAGUGCCGUAUUGUGAAGCCGAUUACCACGCCCAGUAUGGGGUGAAAUGUGAGACCUGCAGCAGAUACAUCAGUGGAAGAGUUCUGGAGGCCGGAGGAAAACACUACCACCCAACCUGUGCUCGGUGCUCUCGUUGUAACCUGAUGUUCAAAGAAGGCGAGGAAAUGUACCUGACAGGAUGUGAGGUGUGGCACCCAUUAUGCAAGCAGGCAGCGAGGGCGGAGAGGAGACUAAGGCACAGACGCCUGUCAGAGGCGUCCAUCUCUCCACCCGGCUCCUCCAUAGGCUCUCCCAAUAGAGUAAUAUGUGCCAGAGUGCAGAAUGAGAUCCUAGAUUAUAAGGACCUAGCUGCCCUGCCAAAGGUCAAGGCCAUAUACGAGGUCCAGCAGCCAGACCUCAUAUCCUCCUCAUACCAGCCGUACUACAGAUACACAUCUGAUGACAGGCUAGACUCAUACAGCUAUGGGGAGUCUCUUGGGACCCUCUCCCCCUAUUCUCAGGACUAUGACAGCCUAGAUAUAAAGCAGAGGCGAUGCUCCAGUCCAGGUUUUAUUGACUCACCCACUUAUAGUCGUCAGGGCAUGUCACCCAUCAUGCCUCGCUCUCCACAGCACUAUGGCUACACUGGCUCUGAGAGUGGCAGGAGUUCACCUUAUUACGGCCAAGAGGGGCGGUCAAGCACACCCACCACAAACCAGCCCCCUAAACAUUUUCAUGUACCAGACAUUCACAUGGAUGCAGCAACCAAAAGCCGGACCAGUGAGGACAUCCUCCGAUCCUCCAGACUGUCCACCUACUCUCCUGAGCCAUACUACCAGUCAGAGUCUGACUACUAUCCCUACACCAGCUCCCCAAAGGCCUAUCGGGUGCAGAGAAGACGCUUCUCGACAGGAGGAGAUGAAGAGAGUUGGAGUCGCGGUCUUCAAAGAAUUGGGAGUGGCAUUGGGAGGAUGAUCCUAAAGGAGGAGAUGAAAGCCAGAUCUGGUUCCUAUGACAACGACCCCUGGGGUAGUGCAAGAAAUUCUCGCAGUGGGAGCAAAGAAACACUCAACACUACAGGCUACGGCACCACGGUGUACAACAACACCGUCAACGGCUCUCCCAGAUCACAGCUCAGUGCUGAUAGUGAUUUUGUUUGUAAGUCUGCAUCAUUACCAGGAUAUGGGCGCAACGGCAUCCAGAGGCCUCAGAGUGCAGAUUGUUACCAGUACCAGUAUGACAGUAGUAGUGAAGUCAACUGGGGGAGCAAAGCAGAAUACAAGGUUUAUCCAUAUGAAGCACUCAUUGUCACCACAAGAGGUCGCAACAGGCUGCCCAAAGAUGUCGACAGAGCCAGACUGGAGCGUCACCUGUCCCCAGAGGAGUUUGUCCAGGUGUUUGGGAUGACAGUAGAAGAUUUUGACCGGCUGGCUCUAUGGAAGAGAAAUGAGCUCAAGAAACAGGCCCGACUGUUUUAAUGAAACACGGACCUCUGUUGAAUUCUGCCAUAUCCAGAGCGGGAGACUUUACUAUCUGUAGGAAGGGAGAGAUGGGAGGACUUCUCUUCAGUUUCACUGCCAUGGCUGAGAACCUGUUCUUUAUCUCCUCAUAUGAUGAACCAAAUCCUGGUCACACCGGUGUGGACACGUGCGACACAAUGGGAAGGCUGCAGAGACAUUAUGCACCAGUGUGAAGGACUGAUAAGCUGUUAAACGGUUGUCAAUGCAGCUGUGGAUGUGUUCUGAAGUGACGUGUAAGCAAUAGAGACUGUAGUCCAACAGUUGAGCUGUGCUUUUCUCAAGCUUGACGGGUUGAGGAUGGCAUGACUGUGCCCCUGUAAGUCCAGGUGUGGGGGCAUCUGUGACCAGAGCUACAGUGCAAAAUAUUAAGAGGAGGAUUUUUGGCUUUGCCUUAUUUGUUAUGCUCUCUUAGCUAUGAGUGUGCAGCACCAGCAAUCUGAAUGAGUAGAAUAUAGAUACAGUAUAUCAUUUAUGACACUUUAUGAGUGUGAAUGAGGAGAUGGGAAGAAUGGGUGAGUCAGCAUCUAUUUGCUUUGUUUCCUAAAAGAUUGGAUUUUGUUUACAUUUUAUUUUCUCUCUUUCACAUAGACAGCUGUUUCGCUCUCGUUUACACUAAUUGAUACACGAUAAACAAGAAACAGUCAAAGGUGGGCACAGUCUUUUCAACUGUAUGUGAUAGUUUUUGCUGUGUGUGCAAAUGGAAACCAAAGUGAGGAUGCAAGUACACGGACUAGCAGAUCCACCUCCAUGUGAUGUUCUGGCUGAAUAAGUCGACACUUGAUACAGUUCACUGUGCAGCUGUAGGGUAACCCAAAAGAGCGUGCAAUUCAGUAGAUUUAAUAGAUUAAAGAAACACAAAUGAAGUCGUCCAGCUCCAUGUUUUCCCGUUUAUCGCAAUAGAAUCAUGGCUAAAUAUGAUAGGACAUGAACUCUAGUCAUUCAUAAAUUAAUACAUUCACUAUUUAUAUUCUUUGAGAUUAAUCCAAUAAUUUUGUAGCUCCAGAGAUUAUAUUCACUCACAUUGAAAUGUUCUGUAAGGUAUUUAACACACUG